AGCGUGAAGUUGAUCAGCUGGAGUUGUGACUUCUUGCGGAUGGUUCGAGUCCUGGGUGGUUUCUUUCCUCCUCUCUUCCCGCCCCCCUCCUCAAGCCCCGUCGCUGCCCUCUGUGGAUCUUUCCCUCGCUGGAUCGUUUUCGAUCUGGCAAGCGGAGACCGGAUCUCUCUCAAUUAGCCGCACCGCCCCCCUUCCCUGAACACGCACGCUGCCACUCGCACGUUGAUCGGAAGCGGAGUUGGGGAGUUCUCUUUCCCCACCUCCCCUUUGGGGAAAGAUGCGCAGGACCUUGACGCCCCCCUUAUCUUUCAGGGGGUGCAUCUCUGGGGGCCUGAAUCUUAAAAUAAAACAUAGUUUAUCCAAAUAUCUCUCCACCCCCUAUUUUUUAUGGAGUGUUUUUUCGGCUUCCCUUCCCAGCCUUGCCUGAGAGGGUUGCCCUGGAAUAUUGCAACUUUCCCCCCUCCUCUCUCCAACGUGAAUUUUAGAGGAAGUUAAAAAGGGGUGUUUUUUUUAAUCCCACGUUUUCCAACAGCGGGGGUAGGUGGGGGGGUUGGCAGCGCCUCCUUCGCUCCCGGCUGGCCCCGAUGGGAGACACGCAGAAGGGUCAAACAAAUCGAACCACCAAGGCGAAGGAUGCCCACGUCUGUGGCAGAUGCUGUGCUGAGUUCUUUGAACUAUCGGAUCUCCUGCAACACAAGAAGAACUGUAGUAAAAAUCAAUUAGUUUUAAUUGUGAAUGAAAAUCCUGUUUCUCCUUCUGAAGCCUGCCCUCCCAGCUCCCCUACUGAUAAUCCUGACGAGCAGAGGAAUGACACAGUUAAUAACAUGGAUCAAGUAGACCGCAGCAGCCAUCCUGAGCAUAACAACAAACUUGACAAAGAAGAAUCCAUGGACGUGGAGGCUUCCAGCGUUAGUAACGGCACUAGCGGCAGUUCCCAGAGCGCCAGCGAUAGCGUUGUGAGUGGUAACUGCUCCACCAUGGGUACCUCAGCUAUCACAACCUCUCUACCUCAAAUAGGGGACCUGACAACGCUAGGCAACUUCUCGGUCAUCAACAGCAACGUCAUCAUUGAAAACCUUCAGAGCACGAAAGUGGCGGUCGCCCAGUUCUCGCAGGAAGCACGGUGCAAUGGCGCCUCGGCUGGCAAGCUGGCCAUCCCUUCCCUCAUGGAGCAACUGUUGGCAUUGCAGCAGCAACAGAUCCACCAGUUGCAGCUGAUUGAACAAAUUCGUCACCAAAUAUUAUUGCUGGCUUCACAGAACGUGGACCUGCCAACGUCUCCCAGCCCCUCUCAGAGCACGUUACGAACAUCUGCCAACCCCUUGUCCACGUUAAGUUCCCAUUUAUCCCAGCAGCUGGCUGCGGCGGCUGGGUUGGCACAAAGCCUAGCUAGCCAGUCUGCCAGCAUAAGUGGUGUGAAGCAACUGCCCCCUAUACAGCUACCUCAGAGCAAUCCUGGCAACCCGGCAAUUCCAUCCAGUAGCGGCUCAUCUCCAAAUAUUAACCUAUCCGCAGUGGCAAUUACGGCACCAUCCUCUGACAAAGGGGCUACAAAUGCUGGUGGCUCGCAGCUUGGCAGCCCACCAGUGACGGCGGCGUCCUCACCAGCUUUUGCAAUAAGCAGUUUAUUAAGCCCUGUAUCGAACCCUCUUCUACCUCAACCCACCCCUAGCAACUCUGUGUUCCCCAAUCCUUUGUCCGGUCUCGGAACGCCUGCAGAGGAUUUGAGCUCCUUGGCUGCCCUGGCCCAGCAAAGGAAAAGCAAGCCCCCCAGCCUGGCCACCUUCGAAGCGAAAAGUGCUUCAGACGAAGCAUUCUUCAAGCAUAAAUGCAGGUUCUGUGCGAAAGUGUUUGGGAGCGACAGUGCCUUGCAGAUCCAUUUGCGUUCUCACACCGGGGAGAGGCCGUUCAAAUGCAACAUCUGUGGAAACCGGUUUUCCACCAAGGGGAACUUAAAAGUCCACUUUCAGCGUCAUAAAGAAAAAUACCCUCACAUUCAAAUGAACCCGUACCCAGUGCCAGAGCAUUUGGACAACAUUCCCACAAGCACAGGUAUCCCGUAUGGAAUGUCGAUACCGCCUGAGAAGCCUGUAACAAGCUGGCUGGACAGCAAGCCAGUGUUAUCCACUUUGACGACAUCAGUUGGCCUACCGCUUCCUCCCACAAUUCCAGGCUUGACCCCUUUCAUCAAAACAGAGGAGCCUCAGCCUAUUCCCAUCACUCACCCUUCAUCUAGUCCCCCAUGUUCUGUGAAAAGCGACUCUGGCUCCAUUGAUCCUGCUGGGAAGAACUCCAACGGGCAUUUAGUUGAAGGGGAGACGGGCCCCUUGCUCUCCUCCAAUGACAAGCCAGAGGAAAGCACCCAGAUGCCCAGCGCCUCUGCUAGUCUUAACAGUUCUGUAACCUCGCCGGCAGCAGAUUCAGGUUCCAUCAAUGUGGUCACUUUCACCAAUCCACUGAUGCCUCUCAUGUCGGAGCAAUUUAAGGCCAAGUUUCCAUUUGGGGGGCUGCUGGACGCAACGCCGACCUCUGAGACCUCCAAACUACAGCAGCUAGUGGAAAAUAUUGACAAAAAGGCAACCGAUCCCAAUGAGUGUGUCAUUUGCCACCGAGUUCUUAGUUGCCAGAGUGCUUUGAAAAUGCACUAUCGCACACAUACUGGUGAAAGGCCCUUUAAAUGCAAAAUCUGUGGCCGCGCCUUUACGACAAAAGGAAAUCUCAAGACCCAUUACAGCGUUCACCGUGCCAUGCCCCCGCUGAGAGUGCAACACUCCUGCCCGAUCUGCCAGAAAAAGUUCACCAAUGCCGUUGUGCUACAGCAGCACAUCCGGAUGCACAUGGGCGGACAGAUACCCAACACACCUGUGACAGAAAACUAUCCUGAGUCGAUGGAAUCUGACACGGGUUCUUUUGAUGAGAAGAACUUUGAUGAUCUGGAUAACUUUUCUGAUGAAAACAUGGAAGACUGUCCUGACAGCAGCGUACCAGAUACCCCGAAAUCCAUUGAUGCAUCUCAAGAUAGUUUAUCAUCUUCCCCAUUGCCACUGGAAAUGUCAAGUAUUGCUGCUUUAGAAAAUCAGAUGAAGAUGAUAAAUGCGGGGCUUGCUGAGCAGCUUCAAGCAAGCUUAAAAUCUGUUGAGAAUGGGUCAGUGGAAGGGGACAUCAUGACGAAUGAUUCGUCAUCCAUUGGUGGCGAUAUGGAAAGCCAAAGUGCUGGGAGUCCUGCUAUUUCAGAGUCUACCUCUUCCAUGCAGGCCUUGUCCCCUUCCAACAGCACGGCUGAGUACCACAAGUCGCCGUGCAUCGAAGAGAAACCACCAAAAAUGUUACCGAACGAUUUUGCCAAUGGUUGGCCUCCAGCCCUUGCAAACGGUGGUGCUUUGGAUUUGACGUCUGGCAACCCCGAGAAAAUGAUUAAGGAAGAGUCCUUGAGCAUGCUGUUUCCUUUUCGAGACAGAGGCAAGCUGAAGAACACGGCCUGCGACAUUUGUGGCAAAACGUUUGCAUGUCAGAGUGCCUUGGACAUUCAUUACAGAAGUCAUACCAAAGAGAGACCAUUUAUUUGCACAGUUUGCAAUCGUGGCUUUUCCACAAAGGGUAAUUUGAAGCAGCAUAUGUUGACACAUCAAAUGCGAGAUCUACCAUCACAGCUGUUUGAACCCAAUUCAACCCUUGGCCCCAAUCAGAACUCUUCGUCAGCGAUGCCCACUAACUCACUCUCGUCUCUGAUAAAGACGGAGGUUAACGGUUUUGUACACAGCACUCCUCAGGACAGCAAAGAGAUGUCGCCUGCCCUGGUUCCUUCGGGGCCUCUGCCACCUUCAGCUACAUCGCCAGUCUUGCUUCCGGCUCUCCCCAGAAGAACGCCGAAGCAGCACUACUGCAACACGUGUGGGAAAACCUUCUCGUCCUCCAGCGCUUUGCAGAUCCACGAAAGGACUCACACUGGAGAGAAGCCUUUUGCCUGCACUAUAUGUGGAAGAGCUUUCACAACAAAAGGCAAUCUUAAGUCUCUCUUUCAGGUUCACAUGGGGACGCACAUGUGGAACAGCACACCUGCCCGGCGAGGCAGACGGCUUUCUGUGGAUGGCCCCAUGACUUUUCUCGGAAGCAACCCUGUAAAGUUUCCAGACAUCUUUCCAAAAGAGUUGGCCUUGAGGGCGGGAAAUGGAGACCCUUCCAGCUUCUGGAAUCAGUACGCCGCGGCUCUCUCCAACGGCUUGGCGAUGAAGACGAAUGAGAUCUCGGUCAUUCAGAACGGUGGCAUCCCUCCAAUUCCCGGGAGCCUGGGCAAUGGGAGCAGCUCCCCGAUUAGCGGCUUGACAGGCAGUCUGGAGAAGCUCCAGAACUCGGAACCUAACGCGCCUCUAGCUGGUCUGGAGAAAAUGGCAGGCAGCGAGAAUGGGACUAAUUUCCGCUUCACGCGCUUUGUGGAAGAUGGCAAAGAGAUUGUAACCAAUUAGGACACGUGUUACGAACAUUCCGGCAGAUAUUGCAACCUAAGGUUGUGCAGGUUUUUGUUUUCUUUGGAAGUUGGGGGGGUGGGGGCGAAUUGACAAAGUGACAUUAAAAAAAGACAUUCUUUUGUACCCUGUUCGACAUCUAGAGUUCUAAAAACAGCUUAUUUAUUAGUGAUAUAACUUUUUUUUUUUUUUGCUUUGCAAACACAUGCAAGCAUUAACUUUGGUCUUCUGUAUUUUGAACUAAAUACUAAUUGACUAGAGUGCUGUAACAUUUAUGGCAAUGCAAGUCUGUUCAGCUAGGUGGUCUCGUUCUGGCAUUUAACUUAUUUUCUAUAUCCAGUUUAACAUGAACUUUUUGUGGGGGCGACACAUUGCCUCCGUAAUCCAUUUCUCCCACCCACCCAUCACCCCUCCCCCUCGUAACAAAAAGUCUGUAUAUGUGUAUACUUCGAUCCCGAUGGGAAAAAGAGAUUUAUCGGCAAAUACGUUGUUUAAUUCUCCAAACAGAUUUGCGCACAGGAUUUGAAAAUGGACAAUAUAAAAUUCAACUAUAUGCAUCCUCCACAACAGGCUCGAUUUGUUUUUUGGUUUUGAAAUUUUUAUUUCAAAAAAUUAAAACAGCUUUUUUUUGGUGGGGAGGGUGUGUGUGUUAAGACUUAACUUUCUCCCUCCUUUUUGAAUUGUCCUUCAUACUGUGCUUGAGGUUUUUGGUUUGUUUUGUUUUUUUACUGAAGUUGUCUUAGAUGUUAAUAAGUUUCUGUACAGUAAACAAGCAAGCAGAUGAUUAGAGGAGGUCCAAAAAUGUUUUUGGUAGUUUGAAACGUUUUGCCUUGUAGGUAUAUUCACAUAGAGGGAGAGAGAGAGAAUGGGGUGGAAAGUGCUGGACAUUGUGCUGCUAUAAAAAGCAUCUUGAUCAACCUUCCAUGGACAAAUUCAGAUGCUCCUGUAUAUACAAUGAGAAAUCUCGAGUUCAUUAAAAUGUACAUAUGUUCCCCAUGA